AACCAAAACCAGUUUCUCUCAUCUCCAGUGACCUACCCUUUUUAAGCUUGAGGCAUCACAGCUCCUUAGUUGUUGCCAUACAUAGGCAGCUGGUGUGCCACCUCUCUGAAGCAAAGAUGAAGAUCGCCAAGGCCCCCAUGCUCAUAAAGAAGGCUGCGGCGAUGUGCAAGAGCAAGACCGCCAUGCUCGCGGCCAGGCUCCUCCUGCUCGCCUCGCUCCAGAGCCGUAGGAUGGCCGCGGUUGCCGUCAUCUCUCACAAGAUCCACGCUCUCGUUGUAGCCGACCGGCAAAGAGUGGACGGCCCGGGGGCUCUCGUGAUGUGCAAGGUCGAGAAUAGACAGCCCGUCGUCCAUGGUGUGGACAUGGCCGCCGAUCUCUCACAUCAAUUGGCUCUGUUCGACCAGGAAAGUGGUCAUGCUGGUUGCCCUGACUGGACACUGCAUCCCAUAUUCAGGGACGAUGAAAAUUGCUAUACAGACGAGUGCGACGACGAAGACGAUGGUGAUGUGCUACUCGAUGCUUGCCAUGAUGAGGACGAGCCAUCGGUCAUGGAUGUAAUCAGGAUCAACCGAGAGGUAGACGGGUUAGAGUUCAACAUGGAGGAGGAGAUUGACCAGGCUGCCGAUAUGUUCAUCAGGAGGUUCCGGGAGCAGUUGAGCAAGACCUUUUAGUGGGUCUAGUUUUCCGCAUGCAUGUAUCCCAUCCUUGCAACGGCCUAGGUGUUGUCGUUUUUUUUAGGCACCGACAGAUUAGAAAUUUUUGGAGAAAUCAAUGCGAGUGUGAAUUGAUAUCGAGCACAAAUGAUCCUUUUAGUCCUUUAUUUGAACAGUUUUGUCAA